GUUUUUACGAGGAGGACCAGUUUUUAGGAUCAACCACUUCACAUAUCGCGGACGCGAAAUAGAGAUCGCUAUUACUGGCUUCGCCUCACUUUAUGCUGCGUUAUUCGUUCAAAUUCAAUAUCAAUUCAAAAUCAUGAAGGGGUCUCUCGUCGUCUUUUUGCAGUUGUUUUUUUCUGAUUAUUCUCCCAAUCAGCUUUCGCCUUUCGCUCGCGGCCAGCUGGCCAGCAGCAUCGAUGCCACGGCGAACAUCCGGAAUUUGGACGCGCUUGAUGAAACCGACGACCCGACGGCGAAACUGCCGGCCAGCGUGAAGGAGCAAGUUCUGAAACUGAAGCAGGAGUUGGGGGACGUCUCGCCCGGGAUGGCGCAGCAGGCCCAGCACCUCAUGGCCAUCAACCCGAAACUGGCGAAGCAAGCGCGGGCACUGAGGGACGACCCGCAGGCCGUACAGCAAAUGAUGAACGAUCCGCAGAUCCAGGCAGUGAUGAAGGACCCCCAGGCACUGCAGAACAUGAUGAACAUGCUGGAAGAAAAUGGCGGUCUCGCGGACCGGUGA